AUGGCUGUGGGCAACCCAUAUGUGCAGGAGCGCUCGGCGCAGCUGAGUCUGCAGAGCUUGCGAUGGUGCCUGGACCACUCAGGAGUUGAGGAUCUGUACUGCAAGUAUCUGCUUCCAAGCCUGGGUGCCCGGGUGUGGAUCCCCGACUGUAGUGAAGUCUGGAGGGUGGCAGAAAUCACCAGAAGCUACAGGGAAGGAGACACCGUUCUCCAUCUCCGCCUGGAAGAUGGUUCGGCGCUGGCCUACCCCAUCGAAUCCCAGCUGCCACCUCUCUGCAACCCCGACUGCCUCUCGGGUGCUGAUGACCUGGUGGUCCUGAGCUACCUACAUGAACCGGCUGUGCUGCACUCGCUCCGCCGGCGCUUCCUGGAGGCCAAUGCCAUCUACACCUACUGUGGUAUUGUCCUCGUUGCCAUCAACCCCUACAAGCCCUUGCCCAUCUACGAGGAGGAGGUGAUUUACGCCUACAGCGGUCGUGAAAUGGGGGACAUGGAUCCGCACAUCUUUGCUUUGGCAGAGGAGGCGUACAAGCAGAUGGUGAGGUUUGGGAAGAAUCAGUCCCUCAUCAUCAGUGGUGAGUCAGGAGCAGGGAAGACUGUGUCGGCCAAGUAUGCCAUGAGAUACUUCACCACCGUCGGGGGCUCCCUCGGUGACUCCAGUAUGGAGGAGAAGGUGUUGGCUUCCAGCUCCGUCAUGGAGGCCUUUGGGAAUGCAAAGACAACCAGGAAUGACAACAGUAGCCGCUUUGGGAAGUACAUUGAGAUCGGCUUCAGCCAAGCACAUGUCACAGGGGCCACCAUCAAAACCUACCUGCUGGAGAAGUCCCGUGUCACCUUCCAGGCGAAAGCAGAGAGGAACUACCACAUCUUCUACCAGCUCUGUGCCUCGGCCACCCUGCCCGAGCUCCAGGGCCUGGGUCUCCGUGGGGCAGAGUUCUUCCACUACACCCGCCAGGGCCAAUGUGCCGCUGCCCAGAGCACCAAGGAUGCAGCCGACUUGGAGAGCACGCGGAAUGCCUUCUCACUUCUAGGUGUCCCUGAGGCUGACCAGCUGGAUCUGUUCAUCAUCCUCGCUGCCAUCCUGCACCUGGGCAACAUCCUGGUCAGAGGGAAGGACCGCCGUGGGGAUGGCUGCUUUGUGGAGGCUUCUGAUGAGGCCCUCGGGCUGUUCUGCACGCUGCUGGGCAUCGAGGCAUCGCAGGUGAUGCGCUGGCUCUGCCACCGCAAGCUGGUCACUGCGGGCGAGACCUACCUGAAACCUCUUUCCAGGGAGCAGGCGCUCAGCUCCAGGGAUGCCCUGGCCAAGCAUAUGUAUGGGCAGGUCUUCAGGUGGAUAGUGAGCACGUUCAACCGUGCUCUUCGGUCGCUGGAGGGUCACCACACCUCUAUCGGCAUCCUGGAUAUUUAUGGGUUUGAGACGUUUGAGCUCAAUAGCUUUGAACAGUUCUGCAUCAACUAUGCCAAUGAGAAGCUGCAGCAGCUCUUCAACCUGCACGUCUUCAAGCUGGAGCAGGAGGAGUAUGUGACUGAGGAGAUCCCUUGGGUCUUCGUUGACUUCUGUGACAACCAGCCAUGCAUCGAGCUCAUUGAGGGCCGCCUUGGCAUCCUGGACCUGCUGAAUGAGGAGUGCAAGAUGCCCACAGGCAGUGAUGGGAGCUGGGCCCAGAAGCUCUACCAGACCCACCUCGGCAGUUCCCACUUCCAGAAGCCCAAGAGGCCCACGGAUGCUUUUAUUGUCUGCCACUUUGCUGGCAAGGUGGAAUACCAGUGUGAUGGGUUUGUGGAGAAGAACAGGGAUGCUGUCCCUGAGGAGCUGGUGGGACUGCUGCGAGCCAGCAAGUCUGCCCUGCUCGCUGAGCUCUUCCUGGAGGAAGGGGACGGCCCUGUGUCCCUGCAGUCCCGCAGGUCCAGCGGGCCCAGGAUGGCUGGUCGCCUCAGCCGCAGGUCACUGCCUGGUAGCCAGAAGAUGAAGAAGUCCAUCUCCAGCCAGUUCAAAGUCUCCCUGAAGAAACUGAUGGAGAUGCUGGGCAGCACCACCUCGCACUACAUCCGCUGCAUCAAACCCAACGAUGGCAAACAGCCCUUUGUGUUUGACUCCAGGAGAGCAGUGGAGCAGCUACGUGCUUGUGGUGUCCUGGAGACCAUCCGGAUCAGUGCCUUGGGCUACCCCUCCAGGUGGACAUACCAUGAGUUCUUAGAGAGGUACAGACCUCUGGUGAGCAGAGAGGACCUGAUGACCACUGACGAGAAGCAGAUCUGCAGCCUUGCCCUUGAGAGACUGCUCCAAGACCCCAACAAAUACCAGUGUGGGAAGAGGAAGGUGUUUUUGCGGGCUGGCCAAGUGGCUCACCUGGAGGACCUGCGGUACCGGUGCCUGAGGACAGCCUGUACCCUGCUGCAGCGGCACCUGCGGGGCUGGCUGGCACGGAGGCGCUUUGCACAGGCACGGGCUGCAGCAAUCUGCCUGCAGCGCCAUGCUCGGGGCAUGCUGGCCAGGAGGUUUGUCAGGAUGCUACGAAGAACCAAGGCUGCUGUGAUGCUGCAGAAGACCCUGAGGAUGGUUUUGGCCCGACGCUCCUAUCUCCGCACACGCCAGGCUGUCAUCACCAUCCAAGCCUUUGCCAGGGGCACGUUUGCCCGGCGUCUUUACCGACAGAUGGUGUGGCACCAGAAAGCCGUGGUCAUCCAGGCUGCUGUCAGGGGCUGGUUGGCCAGGAACCACUACACACGCCUGCGUGGGGCUGUCAUCUACCUGCAGUGCUGCUACCGCCGGGUGCGGGCGUGCCGGGAGCUGCGGCGGCUGCGUGCCGAGGCACGCUCGGUUGAGCACUACAAGCAGCUGCACAAGGGCAUGGAGAUCAAAGUGAUCCAGCUGCAGUGCAGGCUGGAUGAGCAGGCCCUGGAGAAGCAGCGCCUGGUGGAGCAGCUCUCGGGGCUGAAUGCUGCCCACAUUGAGGAGGUGCAGCGCCUGCGGGCUGAGAUACAGCAGCUGAAGGAGGACAUGGCCCGUGAUGCCCAGAUCCAGCAGCUGCAGGAGCGGAUAGCUGAGCUGGAGAUGCACAAUGUGAAGAGCACCUUGGACCACGAGGUUGAAGAGCUCAGGAAGCGCUUGACAGAGGUAGAAGCAGUAAAGCUGCAGCUCGGGGAGGAGAAGGAUGCUCUGAUGCAGCGCAUGGUGAAGCAAUCGCAGGAUCUGGAAGAGCAGAACCAGCGUGCGGCACGGGAGAGCCGGGGGCUGCAGCAGGAGCUGGAGGAGGAGCGGGCACGCUACCAGAGCCUGGUGCAGGACUACGCCCGCCUGGAGCAGGGCUAUGAGAACCUGCGGGAUGAGGUGGCCUUCCAGAGGCAAAGCACCUUGAGACGGUCCCCUUCGUCGGAGAGCUUCCUUGGCUCCGAGAGCAGCUACUUGUCCUCCAUGUCCACAGCUCCCUCGCGAGAUAGCUCCGACCAGCAGGCUGAGGCUAGUGGUGACCAUGGUGGGGACAGAGGGGGGCUGGAAGAGCUCUUGCAGCCAGUGCCAGAGGGAACACAGCCCAGCGGUGAGAUGAUGCUCAACAGCAAUGUGGGUCAGGAUCCCUUUGAGAAGGCCUACCUUCUCCUGCUGGGGCAGCUUAAAGCUGUCAACGAGGAGCUGGCCCGAACCCGGGAGGAGCUGCGGCGAUCCAAGGCCCCGGUGGAGUUGGAAGAGAGGAAACCCUUGAGCUUCCUUAAGCGCAGGAACUUAUCUGAGAUGCUGGGGCUGGGCAGGAGCCUGGAGAAGGCAGUGGUGGAUGAUGACUUGAAGCAUGCAUAUGAUGCAGUGCAGGUUGCCAAUAGGUUGCUGGUGAGUCAGCUGCAGGAGGAGAAGCAGCAUCACGAGGAGGAGGUAGAGGGGCUGCACCUCGACAUCUGCUCCCUCAAGCAGCUGAGCCAGCAGCAGGCAACCCUCAUCCAGGAUCUGCAGCGGCACCAGGGGCAGGAGGAGCUGCAGCACCACGUCCUGCGGCUCAAGGAGGAGAACUGGGAGCUGACCCAGAAGCUGGAGAAGCAGGAGAGGACCACCCUGAAGCUUCAGAAGCAGCUGAGAGUAUAUGUGAAGCAGAUCCAGGAGCUCACAGUGAAGAGAGAGGCUGUCAGGCCAGCACAGGAGUUGGUGUCUGCUGUGGUCCCAUCUCGGUCCCUCAUGGUCUCAGCCCCAGCUGGGCUGUCCCAGGCCAUGCUAGCAUGGAGGAUGGAGGAUGAAGGGCGCAUCAUCAAGGCCAUCAUCACAGACUACAAGCCACAGAGCCCUGGGGUGCUCCCAGACCUGCCAGCCUACAUACUCUUCCUGUGCUUUCGGCAUGCAGACCACUGCCGCGAUGAGCCAAGAGCCCGCUCCCUCCUGGAUGCAGCCAUUGAUGCCAUCAAAAGGGUUAUGAAGAAAUACAGUGGUGACUUUGAUGUGGUGUCACUCUGGCUUGCCAACACCUGCCGGCUCCUGAACUGCCUGCGCCAGUAUGGCCAGGAUGAGAGAUACUGGCAGGGGAACACAGCGCGGCAGAAUGAGCAUCGCUUGCAGAAUGUGGACCCCCAGAGCUCGUGCUGCAGCCUGGAUGCCCUGGCGGUCCAGCUCUACCAGCAGCUCAUCCGCACUGCCGAGAAGAGCCUCAAACCCAUGAUUGUUUCUGCAAUGCUGGAGAGUGAGCCCAUCCAGGGCUUGUCCUCUUCUUGCCCUCCUGGCCACCGCCGCUCCUCGUCAGCCCCUGCCCACACCCUGCCUGAGCUGCUGCAGCAGCUGAGCUCCUUCCACGCAGCGCUGGACAGCUAUGGGCUGUCCCCCAGCGUGGGCCACCAAGCCCUGCGCCAGCUCCUCUUCCUCGUCAGCGGCACCACCCUCAACUACCUCCUGCUGAGAAAGGACGCGUGUUCCUGGAGCCGUGGCAUCCAGCUCAGGUACAACAUCAGCCAACUGGAGCAGUGGCUGCGCGCAGAGGGGUUGCAGCAAAGUGGGGUGCAUGAGGUGCUGGAGCCCCUGGUCCAGGCUGCACAGCUGCUGCAGGUGAAGAAGGUGACAAAGGAAGAUGCUGGAGCUAUCUGUAGCCUGUGCACAAUGCUGUCGCCCCAGCAGGUUGUGAAGAUCCUCAGGGCUUAUACCCCAGCUGCUGGGUUGGAGGAGCGCGUCAGCCCCAGCUUCAUCAGCAGCCUUGAGAAACAACUGCAGGACCAGUAUGGAGAGAAACCCAGCCAGCUCCUGGUGGACACCAGCCACCUCUUCCCUGUGCACCUGCCCUUCACUGCCUCCCCCCUGCACUUGGAUGAGCUGCGCAUCCCUGAUAGCCUCGGUCUGACCUUCCUUGUCCGCCUCUGA